UGCCGACCCAGGCUGGGCUGCCUCGGCGUGGGCCAGGUCUGUCAGCGUGCCGCGAGGCCGUGGCUUCGUCUUGGAGGACUCUACCGGGGUCCUUCAUCUUGACCCAAGUCCAUCGUGGUGCCCCAAGGCCAUGGCUUCGUCUUGGAGGACUCUACGGGGAUCCCUCAUCUUGACCCAGGUCCAUCGUGGUGCCCCAAGGCCGCGGCUUCGUCUUGGAGGACUCUACCGGGGUCCUUCAUCUUGACCCAAGUCCAUCGUGGUGCCCCAAGGCCAUGGCUUCGUCUUGGAGGACUCUACGGGGAUCCCUCAUCUUGACCCAGGUCCAUCGUGGUGCCCCAAGGCCAUGGCUUCAUCUUGGAAGACCACCCCAGGAUCUUCAUCCUGGCCCAGGUCCAUCGUGGUGCCCCAAGGCCGUGGCUUCGUCUUGGAGGACUCUACCGGGGUCCUUCAUCUUGACCCAGGGCCAUCGUGGUGCCCCAAGGCCAUGGCUUCGUCUUGGAGGACUCUACGGGGAUCCCUCAUCUUGACCCAGGUCCAUCGUGGUGCCCCAAGGCCGCGGCUUCGUCUUGGAGGACUCUACCGGGGUCCUUCAUCUUGACCCAAGUCCAUCGUGGUGCCCCAAGGCCAUGGCUUCGUCUUGGAAGACCACCCCAGGAUCUUCAUCCUGGCCCAGGUCCAUCGUGGUGCCCCAAGGCCGUGGCUUCAUCUUGGAAGACCAUCUGGGAUCCUUAUCCUGGCCCAGGUCCAUCAUGGUGCCCCAAGGCCAUGGCUUCGUCUUGGAAGACCACCCCAGGAUCCUUAUCCUGGCCCAGGUCCAUCCUGGAGCCCCAAGGCCAUGGCUUCAUCUUGGAAGACCACCCCAGGAUCUUCAUCCUGGCCCAGGUCCAUCGUGGUGCCCCAAGGCCGCGGCUUCGUCUUGGAGGACUCUACCGGGGUCCUUCAUCUUGACCCAAGUCCAUCGUGGUGCCCCAAGGCCGUGGCUUCGUCUUGGAAGACCAUCCCAGGAUCCUUAUCCUGGCCAAGGACGCCAUCUCCAUCUCGGAGGACCACCCUGGGGUCCUCCUCCUGCCCCAGAUCCAUCAUGGCACCCCAAAACCGUGGCUUCGUCUUGGAAGACCACCCCAAACUCCGUCAUUCCGCCCAAGAUCCACAGCUCCAGCUUGGAGAACCACCUUGUCCUCACCCAACUCCUUCAUCCUGCCCCAAAGCCGUGCCUCCAGCCCAGGGAACGUCCCCGUGUCCCCGUCCCGCUUCCGUGUCCCCAUCCCGCCUCCGUGUCCCCAUCCCGCUUCCGUGUCCCCAUCCCACCUCCGUGUCCCCAUCCCACCUCCGUGUCCCCAUCCCACCACCCCGUCUCCAUCCCACCUCUCCCAGCAGAGGGGACCCAAAUAUCUUGGAGGGGAAGGUGACUUCCAGUUGCCCCGGACGCCUGGGAUGUCCCCCCAGUAUGUCAAUAAAUAGUGGUGAAGGUUA